GAGGCAGGAGAACGUUUUCGCUGAUAGGCUGCCUUCUCCGAUAAACAUGCCUGCUGCUGUCUCCGCGAUGUGAGCGGAGGUUUAACCGGGGCUUCCGCACUCGCUUCGGCUCCCUGUUUGCAUGUGUGGUUGUUUUGUAAGAUUCAGGCUUACGUCUUUGUCUAACGCUAGUUCGUAUUUCAAAAGGGACAGCUGACUGUUCUGGUUCUUUUUACCGUAGGCAGUUUGGGUUACAGAGAAGAGUCCUGGAUGUUUGCAGCCUUUUGCUUUAUCUGAUAGGAGAAAAGCGGAAACCGACGUGCACCAGCUGCUUCUUGUGAAAGGGGAGAAAUACCGGACACUGUUCUGGGAUUAUUUGUCUAUGUGCUUCGUCCUGGAAAGGCUUCUGAGAAGUGAAUUGAAGUUUGAAGUCGUGAGCUUUUUCUUUCUAGCAGAGCUGAGCACUUUACCCUUGGAUGCUUUGUCGUCAUGAUAUGGAUACAUGGCUAAAUUUAUCAUGUUCUGAAUACUUCAGCUGCCAAAAUAAAGUGCUUUUUUGCUUUUAGAUACUUUUUUCUUCUAGUCAACAUUCUGUUUUGAGUCAUAGGCAUAACCAGUUUUGUUAAUUGGCUCCAGGUUAAUUGCUGAAAAGUUUCAUGGAAGAUAUUUUUCCCCUUACCUUAUGUUUUAGAUUUUCUGCCAUAGCCUUUUGUCAUUUUGCAGUGAGACUUAUUCUCUAAAUGAAGAAUCUAAUAGAUGUUUGUUUAUCAUUUUUUCUUUUAUAUUUUAUUUAAUAUUUUUGUUGAAAGAUGUUGUUGCCAAUAAGCAGUAUGGAGGUAUCCAGAUAGCUGUUGUUUACAAAUGCCUUUGCUGCCCAAAACUAGGAAAUGCUGCACAGUUCAGAUGUGAAAUUUGGAUUUUUGGCUUCACAGUUUGUGGUGUAAAAAGGGUAUUUAUUUCACCUGGAGCUGAUGCUUCUUAUAGUGAUAUGUACAUGGAAUAGACAAGAGAAGAAACUCAGAGGUUAAAAAGACAGAUUUGGCAAAUACUGGAAAUAGCCUUGUGGAAUCUGUAAACAAGAAGGAUGGGUAGCUGAUUUCUGUGAGGUCAAACCUAUGUCAAACAGCUACGAAUGUAGUAUCAACAAGAACUCGGGAUAUUAUCUCAAGGAAAACAAACUGGAAAAAUAUAAAUCACGCAGUGCUGACACCUUGUGCGGUCCUUUUGGAUUAGGUUUGCAUUCAUCUGAAUUGCUACUGCCUCAAAGAAAAUAAAGAUGGACAGAACAACUUAAUUCAAAGGAACUUGCCACGAGGUGCUGAAGCCUUGUUUCAUUGAUUCGGGGAGACUGGACCUAAAUGGCGCAGCAUGACUUUGCUCCAGCCUGGCUUAUUUUUCCUACUCCACCACCAUCAACAAAGUCAUCACUUAAUUUUGAGAAACAUUCUGAAAAUAUUUCAUGCACAGAAAAUCGUUAUGAAGCAAAUCGUAGAAGACACAACUCUUCAGAUGGGUUUGAUACUAACAUUGGACGGCCUAUUGGAGGGCAUUUUGGGAGAAAAGAGAAGAAUGGUUGGCGUUCACAAGGCAAAAAUGGUACAGAAAACAUAAACCAUCGUGGGGGAUACCAUGGCGGAGGUUCCCGUGCUCGUACCAGCACUUCCCACUGUGGAAAAGGCCAAGGACUGCAUGAAAACAAUGUACCUGAUAAUCAAACUGGGAAAAAGGAAGACAAAGAAGUACCCAAACAGUUUGAGGCUGAGGAUUUUCCAUCUUUGAACCCAGAAUAUGAGAGGGAACCAAACCAGAAUAAAUCUUUAGCUGCAGGUGUGUGGGAGUACCCUUUGAAUCCUAAAUCUAGAUCUCCGAGAAUGCUGGUCAUUAAGAAGGGCAGUACAAAAGAACUACAGAUACCUGGAUUCCCAGUAGUAGGAAGUCUUCAUUCACAGCCACUAAGGAAUGGAACUGGAACAAGUGUUUAUAAAAGAUUAGUCCCUAAACCUGUCACUCCACCUACAAAGCCUACACAGUGGAAAAGUCAAGCAAAGGAAAAUAAACUUGGGAACCCAUUUCCUCAUGAAUCUGCAUAUGGUGUUCGCAAUUUCAGUCCUUUCAGAUCAACUGCCAAGGCAUUUACUGUAUCACAAAAUUCAGUGAAAGAGUGUAAUCGGUCAAGUUCUUCAUCGCCUGUUGACAAAGUUGGUCAGCCUCGUUUAACAAAAUUGACAAGAAUGCGAACUGAUAAGAAGAGUGAAUUUCUGAAAGCAUUGAAACAAGAUAAAGUGGAAGAGAAACAUGAAGAUGAGAAUCAUGCUGGGCAGGCGAAGGAUGAUGAGUCCUUUAACUUGUGUAACAGCAACAGUCCUUAUCAUGAGAGAGAUAUAAACCGAAACUUCGAAAAUGAAAUGCUGCAGGAGAAUGGCAAUUCUUCAAUUACAUCUCAACAGAUCGUUCAGUCUUCAGCUUUUCCUCAGGCAGAUGUUCUUUCAAGCUCACUUGAAGCAGAGCACAGGUUGUUAAAGGAGAUGGGCUGGCGGGAAGACAGUGAAAAUGAUGAAAUGUGUGCUCCACUAACAGAGGAUGAGAUGAGGGAGUUCCAAGUUAUUAGUGAACAGUUAAAAAGAAAUGGUCUUCGGAGAAAUGGCAUUUUAAAAAAUGGCCUCAUCUGUGAUUUUAAGUUCAGCUUCUGGAAAAACAGCACUUUCAAACCUGCUCUGGAGAAUGAGGAUUCUGAGACAAGCAGCAGUGACACAUCAGAUGAUGAUCAUGUGUGAAGACUUUUGUAACAUCUGUAGAAGCCCGUUUUGAUCCCAUGAAAGUUUGGGGAUAUGUGUAUAUGUUGUCCAAAAAAAAUUUCUAAUUUACGUAGUUAAGAUACCCACUAGAGGAAGAAGAUGGGACUCUUCUCUGAAGAAGAGGAAUGUUUUGUUUGUUGUGUUGAACAUUACUAUGUUUUCUUUGUGAACGAAUGUUGUAGAAUGGGGACUUGGGUUGCCCCAGCGUUGAUUUUUCUUCAUUAUUGAAGCAUUUCUGAUUAGCAAUGUGACAAUGUAACAAAUCAGACUUUUUCAUUUAUUAAUAAAAACACAGAAUUCUGC